GUCUCACAAUAGGUAAUCAACAACGUCACCAUUAAAGCUUCGACAUCAAAACAACAAAACUCAUCAUUUCAGAGUUCGUUUCGCCGUCGCACGUCUUAGAUAUCACCAAUUACUACUGUACGUCCUUGACUCGGGCCCAGGCCAGACCUUUCCGCACACCAACUUCGUACUGACUCGCCGCGAUCAGACUCGCCAAUCACCCCCCAAUCCAGAAAAGAUGGUGCACAACAUCCGAACCAAGGACGAGUUCCAAGAUGCUCUGAAGAAGUAUCCCAUCGUCGUCGUGGACUUUUACUCCACGCAUAGCGCCGAGUCAAAGCACAUUGCCGCCACAUUCGCUCACGCAUAUGAGUUGGACAAGUUCAAGGACUUCCGAUUCGUCAAGAUCGACAUCGAUGACCUGAAGGGUCUGGCGGAGGAGGUCGGUGUUACGCAGCCUGCAACAUUCCACAUGUACAAGAACGGAGAGAAGAUCAAUGAUCUGCAGAGUGAACAUAAGGAGGACCUCAUUCAGUUCUUGGAGACCGGCCUGUAAUGACUUGACUGAAGAAGAUGAUGAUGCUUGAUGAAACGAGGCUGCUUCGAAGUUGCAGCGCAAAGCUAGGUCCAAUUCAAUGAUUACAUGCUCUAUUGCGAUUACUUUACAGUUCUGCGUUCCUCUUUUG